AUGGAUAAGCAAUUCCAAGUUCUCUCUGCGAAUUUGAAGAAAACAAUAGAAAACUCUAUUUCCGAUGGUUUAAAGUCUAUUGAAACCAGAAUUGAUAACGCGCUCUCUCAAAAACUCGACGUCAUUAGAGCUGAAAUGAACAAGAACAUCAUUCUGAAGGAUUUUUACUUGAACGCCGGUAAACGGAAAUCCGCUUUCGACGAACUACAAAAGAAAUGUGCAAAUGAUUUAUUUGAUAUACUUUUGCUUCAAGAACCAGCGUUGCACAAAGUAGUUAACGAACUUUUUCAUGAUGAACAUCAAUCAUCAAACGACGAGAUACAGGGAGCGAAACAAGAUGGGUGUACUGGUCAGUACACUCCCUACUCUGAUGAUGAUGAUGAACUCUCCUACAAAAACUAA